AUGGGACACAGUAGUGGCAGCGAUGCAGUAUCGAACUCGUCGCAAAAGAGGCCUGCGCAGGACGCGCCUGAGAGUACGCGACCCAAGCGCGCGAAGUACACGUCUACCGCGUGUAACGAGUGCAAACGCUGUAAGGUCAAAUGCAUCCAAAUCGAUGACAAUACCGAUUGUCAGCGGUGUUCGACCAUGAGUAUCGCAUGUAUUGUUAUUCCCACCGCCACACAAACCGCAAAAGAGAAAGAAAAGGGUAAGGAAAAGAGCAGCAUAGAUGACUCUAGUCUCAAGCAGUUGACAGAAGACGUCACUUUCCUUCGCGAGCAAUUGACUACUUUGAUGGGCACUGUGGCAGUUCUGGCAGAGCGACGAGACAGCCAACUCACAGCUGUUGCUGAGCGUACUCCAGCUUCGCAACAGACAGCUAGUCCAGCUUAUACUAAUAGCACCUCCCAACGCACGGGGCUUCCACGGCAACCUCAGUUUACAGGACCAACCCGUGCUGCGUUCAGCUUGAAUAUUGUCGAGUCGUCACUUAAUCGCAUGGGGAUUCCACCUGACGUCCAUAAUCCAGAUGAUCACACAUCAUCAGUAUCGUCACGAGAAGCAACACCCGAAAUUAAAACAGCAUUGGCGCAGAAUUUGCUGAAGUCAGGGGUCCAAGGACUAUCAGGUAUCUCAAACGACGAUAUAGAACGGCUGCUCCUUAUAUACCAAGAAGAAGUGGCCAGUGUGCACCCGAUCAUUGAAACGAAAGAUCUCAUGGCCGACGCACCACACAUCAUGGAGCUUGUUCGAAACCCCCAACGACCGGCUGGUUUACGAAACCUUGGCAAGAAGGAUAUCCACAUACUAAGACUUGCAGUCGCUACUGCAAUUACUCACGAGAUCCUCGGAAAGAACGAUCUUUCAGACCGACUUAUCUUUGAGAUUGAGCAAGACGUUGGCAGGAUCUCCAGUGAGACCGAAGUAGAGCUGAAAGACAUACAGAUAAUGGGCAUGCUGAGUUUGUAUUUUUGUCAUACAGAGGAGGAGCUUUUCGCAUGGCGGGCAAUUGGCAGAGCCUCUCGCCAGGCACUCGAGAUGGGCCUGCAUCGCAGACAGAGUCUACUCGAUAACUUCAAAGAUCCUGAAGAGCGUAAGCUUGCAGUGCAAGUGUUCUGGGUGAUAUACGAGCUGGACCGACGAUGGAGUUUUGGAACCAGUCUGUCCUUCGCUCUAAACGAUCGAGACAUCGAUACUCAACUACCAGAGCCAGGGAAGUCAUAUCCAUAUCUCAAGGGCAUGAUUGCCUAUGCCAGAUUGUGCUCCAGAGUAUGGGAGGCGUUGCCACCAUAUGGAUCUGCGUUGCAAACGAUACCAAAAGAAACAGAAGACUAUCUCGACUUUAUCACCUCUAACUGGCUCCUGUCAAUCCCGGAAGAACUACAGUUCAGGCAUCCUCGACUUGGCCUUGCCAAGUCGCAACCUCGAUUACUGCAUCGCCUACGUACCCUACUCUAUCUUCGAGGAAAUCACAUGCGAACGCUGAUCCAUCGACACCAUGUGCUUACACCAGACAAUAUCAAAGCAGAUAUGGAGUCCGCCAGGCUAGUCGUUGAUGUCGCGAGGGACAGCAUCCAGGUAUUAGUGCAUCUCAACGAGACAAGUGACAUCUACGCUCGUCAACAGAGUGUUUACCACUACUACCUUCUAAGUUCACUCGCUGUUCUACUGCUCGCUGUGUGUCAUGCACCAAGCAUGUUUGCUGAAGCGAGCAGGGAAUCAUUUGUAUCCGCUGUCGAGCUAGUCAAAGGCUUUUCGCGCCACGGUACGGCCAGUCGCAGGCUGUGGAAGAGCAUUCGCGGUCUCCUGCCUGUUGUGAAGUCUCUAGGCCCUCAGGUCGAUGCUGGUGUUCAGGCGAACAAUUCGUCAAUCAAGGAGGUAGGCGACCCUGCAACAUCGAAUAAUUUGCCGCCAUCUCUUCAACUAGACCGGACUGCGUCUGAAAUGCCAAAUAUGUGGAGCGGCGGAGAGAUCAACUUCGAUACAGAUUUGGGCUCAAUGCCAGACAUUUUCAACAUCGGCGACGAACUCAUCGAUCUGUAUGACGCAUUCGGAACUGCUGCAGCCACACAGCCUCUACAACCCGACCUCGCAGUGGACAACUUUGGUGAACAGGGUUUGAGCGUCUGGGAGAUUGGAGAGAUUUCGCGACACUUCCAAGGACUUCUGUGAUAGCACACAAGCGCGAAGGUAGCCUUAUGAAUCUCUGCAUGGACGCCGCUGUCUAUGUUGGCAAUUUCCACUCUCGGCGCGUUGUGAUGAACACAUCAUAGAUUGGUCUGUCGUUCUCCUCACCCUCUCAGACCCCCCCAUUUGGACAUCGAGAAGUUCGUGCCAACUGAAUCAACCCACUCAAGAUGCCGGUUUAGUUUUC